AUGGUUCUAAUCAAUCGCAAAUCUUUGAUUAAAUUGGUAAUGUGCCAACUUGCAUGUUCUCUUAUCAUUUGGAUAUCUACGAAGCCAGUAUCCCUAAACCAUCUACAAGAUCUACGCUUGAUCAAACCACGGUACGAUAACCUUCCAACACAGAUAAAGUAUCAAACCACAAUAAAUUCUACUAUCAAGAUCAAAAGGGCCCAACCACCCACUAACUUUUACUACAAUUCCACCGCAUUAUUCAGGCCUACAAUACAAUUAAUGCACGACAUUGAAUUGAACCCUGGACCAACAAACCAACCUCACGAAAACGGUUGUUUUGAUCUUCUUAAGAAAACCAAAGGAUUGAUAAUUGGCCACCUAAACAUCCGAAGUAUUAAACGUGCAAAUCAAUUGGAUAAAAUAAAAGCACUCUUAAUUCGGAAGCAUACCAUUCACGUCAUUUCAUUCUCUGAAACGUGGCUCAAUGACUCUUGGCCGGACGACAUGCUCUACAUCCCAAAUUAUACGUUUAUUCGACUCGAUAGAUCGAACACUUCCGUUGGAGGAAUCAUCACUUACAUCCAUAACGACGUGCCGUUUACCCAUAUUGAAUCUACGUGUAUUGAGAUCAAACUCCAUUAUGUAUCACCAAUCUUAUUACUCAACGUUUACAGACCACCAUCGGCAGACAGUUCUCAUGACUACUGCUUGACAGAAAUUAUGGAGAGAGUAGCAUCAGAAAGUAAGGAAUGCUAG